CAAUAAAUGGGAGAAAAUGAUAACAUUAUAUAAGUAUUGGAAUUGACGUAUAAAUGAGAUAUUUAUUGAAUAAAUGAAUUGGUUUUACAUUUAAAUCACAUUUACAUUGAUUUCAGUGUUUAUUAAAUCAUUGAAUCAAUUGUGAGAUAACUGUGCGAAGGGUUGUGUUGUCGAUGAAACUGAUCACUGAAUACAUCGAUUAAUUGCGUAACAAAUGACUGAUUGAUUGUUGGGAUGAGAGGAGACGGUGCGGAAGAGGAGCCCAACCCCUGUUCGGCCCUAUAUUUGACAUCCAGUUCCCGGCCGCAGUCGGAGGCCACGGAUGAGAGGCAAGUGCCGCCACUGAGAGGGGGAGCGAGUGAGCCAUCGGGGAGUGAGCCGUCGGGUGGGGGCGACGUAUCGGUGGCCAGGGAUGUCAGUGACUUGGAUGUGGUGAGAGCCACACAAUACGGCGCUUUCGAGAGAUGCAAAGAACUCGUUGAAAGCGGUUUCGAUGUCAACCAAAGAGACGCCGAAAACGUAACACUUCUUCAUUGGGCGGCCAUUAAUAACAGAAGAGAUUUAGUGAAGUAUUACAUCGGAAAGGGAGCCAAUGUUGACGCCGUGGGCGGCGAUCUCCAGUCAACGCCAUUGCAUUGGGCCACACGACAGGGUCACCUCCCGAUGGUUAUACUGCUUAUGCAUCACAGAGCAGAUCCAGCCAUUCUUGAUGGCGAAGGCACAAAUUGUCUGCAUUUGGCGGCACAGUUCGGUCACACAUCCAUUGCCGCGUAUCUGUUAGCCAAGGGUCAGGAUAUCAACGCAUCCGAUGCCAACGGAAUGACACCAUUGAUGUGGUCGGCCUUCAGAGUGAACGCGGCCGAUCCGACGCGACUCUUCAUUACAUUAGGCGCUAGUCUCUCAUUAUGUGAUAAACAGAACCGCAAUACAGCCCUCCAUUGGGCCGUCUUCUCGAGAAACGCGUCAACCGUUUCAUUGCUAUUGAAAUCAGGCGCUAAUGUGUUGGCAAAGAACGGCGCCGGAGACACACCAUUAGAGAUGGCCAACAGAUUGAAUGCUUCCGUUUGGAUCAGAACUCGAUUACAAGACGCCUAUAAGAAGGACAGAGUCUUGACUUCUUGUCAUUUGUUUGGCAAACAGAUCCGCAUUCCAUCGCUCAGAGACAGGGUCUGCAGGCUAUGGCUUAUGAAUGGCUCCCCUUUAGUGGGAUUUCUGCUUUUCGGACAACUCUUCGACUCGGAACUAGUGAUCGCUUUGAAGAUUGUUUUCUUUUCUCUCUUAUGUCUCGUGAUGUGGGCUUUGGUUCGCUUUAUGUUUGACGAUCGCAUGUAUAACAUAAUGCCUAUCAGUAUCUAUUUGUCGACCAAAUUCUGGCUUUACGUCACUUUCAUUACAUAUUUCUACAAAUAUUUUGGUUUUAUUAAUUUGUUUGGAUUUGUGGCCACUUCUACACUGCUUUUCUACAGCUUUUACCGGACGUGUAGUUGUGAUCCCGGAGUUGUGGCUAAAGAUCACGACCAACGAUAUCGAACAAUUAUAGAGUUAGCGGAAAGAGAUGGGUUCGACCCGCAGUGGUUUUGCAGCACUUGUUUAAUACGAAAGCCCUUGCGAUCAAAGCACUGCUCAAUCUGUAACCAAUGUGUGGCCCGUUUUGACCACCACUGCCCGUGGGUCGCCAACUGUGUGGGUGCUCUCAAUCAUAAGUACUUCAUAUGGUAUCUCAUUUCACUGUAUUUAGUGAUUGUAUGGUUUCUCUACGGCACUUAUUUAUAUUACGAACAUCACAUCCAUUUUGGUGAUGACACCAAUGUUUGGACAUUUAUAGCCAACGCGUGGACUUAUAAUGGAUGGAUUACAUGGUGUGCCCUCAACGCCGCCGUUCAUAGUAUUUGGGUUUUCUGUUUGGUCGUUUGGUUAGGAAUGACUACAAACGAGCGCAUGAAUUGUCGGCGUUAUAAGCAUUUUAAACGCGAUGAUAACGGCGCGCCUAUUAGUCCUUUUAAUCGUGGAGUUUGUAAUAAUUUGUUAGACUUCUGUCAGUGGAAAGUGUCGGGAUUGCAUCGGUUAGAGACCCGGGACUGGAGGUGUGUCUAUGAAAUAGAUGACGAUGAAGAUGAUGAACACACUCCCAUUCACAGACAUUUUGUAUAAUAAGAUACAUACCAUAAUUCAUUUGUUCAUAUUUUGUUUAGAAUUAUACAGAUCAUUU